AUGCCUUCGCUACAACAACCUAUUCAAGAAUUUGAAACGAGUCCAGAUGUUGUUUCAUCAGUGGAAACGGUUAUCGAAACAAUGGAAUCACAUAAUUCGUCAAUAGAGGAAGUUGAGAGUACUGAUUUUGUUGCAAAAAUUAAGAAGAAUAUAUUCACCUUAUGGCGCAAUGUAACACAAGAUCGUCAUGGAGAUCAAAUCAAACAAGUGAGACUUUAUCACGUUUGGCCAGGAAAAAAUGUAUUUUAUUUCAAAGGGUUACUGAUAUGUGGGCCGGAUCCAAGACGGUUACUGUUAACUACAGUUUCUAUUAGUCUAUCAAGUUUGGUUUUUGUUGUUUAUGUUACAAAUGAUGUAUCAAAAAUCAGUUUUUGUGUGUUAUUGACCUUAAUUGUUUUCGCGAACUUAAUAAUGGUUAGUGUGAUUGAUCCUGGAAUUAUUCCUCGAAACAAUGAAUCACCAUCCCCUGAAUCGACUCAAAAUGGGAGAGUGAGAAGCAAAAGAGUGUUUGUAAAUGGUUCGGAAUUGAAAUUAAAAUAUUGCCGAAUUUGUAAGAUAUAUCGUCCGAUUAGGAGUUGCCAUUGCAUUGUGUGUGACAAUUGUGUCGAUAAAUUUGACCAUCAUUGCCCUUGGAUUGGUCAAUGCAUCGGACUGAGGAAUUAUCGACUUUAUGUGUUGCUAUUGGUUAUUGCAAAUGUUUACUUUGUCUACAUAUUUGGUUUUUCAUGUCUAAAGAUUCAACAAAAGAAUGGUGGCAAUGGUUUGAUUGGUUUGGUGAGAGAUUGCCCUGAGACAUUGGUGUUGGCAUGUUUUAAUUUUGUUGCAGCAUGUUUUGUUGGUGGAUUGGCUUGUUAUCAUGUGUAUCUCAUUGCUACAAAUCAGACAGCUUAUGAAAAUUUUAGGCAGCAGUAUGGAAGCACUAAAAAUCCUUUUGAUAAAGGAGUUGUGACUAAUAUUAAGGAGGUUUUAUUUUCACCUUGGACGCCUUCAAGGAUCAAUUUUCGUUCUGAAAUAUAGUAGCUUUCAUCAUU